UGAUUCCAGUGAGUCUAAAUGGUUCACGUAGAGUACGUGACAAUGCGUCUAUUGAGGAUGGUGAUUCUUGCACUGAUAAUUCACUUCUUGAUGUGUAUGCUAACCGUCAAGAAUAUGACAAUUCACAAAGCAUUAUGGACAUGAACUUUGUUCAGUUUGCUACAACCUACAAAGUUGUUAACAAUAAGCUAACAAAGCUACCAGAGAAUGUUGUUCCAAGGAUAUUUCCUACUUACUCUCCCAAUCCUAAAGGCCCCAAUUUUGGGCUUUAUUGUAAGUAUCAACUCUUGAGGUACAAACCUUAUAACACAACCCAAAACAAUGCAUGGGGUGACCAAGAACCAACCGAUGAAAUUUUAAUUAACCAUUGGCUAGAAUUUUUGCAAACACCUUAUGCACAAACUCAUGUACCAGACUGGCUUGACAAACUUCAAACUGUUAUUCAGAGUCAACAAGAACCAGAAGAUGAACCUUGUGAAGAACAAGGUAAUACCCGAGAGGAAUGGAUGGUCUUAUAUCCGAUCUUCACACUCCAUUUGAGAACUUAGAACAAACACCAGAAUCAACACAUGACUGGCACCAAGAUAGAGCUCGAUAUUCUGAGCAACAAAUUCAAGAAAUGCCGACGUGGAUAAAAACAAAAAAAGAAGAUCAUAUCAUUCAUGAACGGUAUGAAGUUGUUGAUAUAAAUAGCUUCAGUGAAAUGCAAGAGCUUGCUUAUAAUAUUGUUAACACAUAUAUUAACAGUGCUUCAUCUGACGAAGAACCAUUAUGCCUCAUUGUCAUUGGUGUAGCUGGAACUGGUAAAAGCUACCUUAUUAAUGCUAUUCGUAAUCUUUUGCAAGCUAAAUGUGCAGUUACUGCUGCUACUGGCAAGGCUGCUUUUAAUAUAAGAGGUAUAACUAUUCACUCAUUGUUAUAAAACUGCCUAUUGGAUCACGAGGUAAAAAAGAUUUGACAGGGCUGAGUCUGUGCAGACUGCAAGAAAAUUUAAAUGGUGUUGAAUAUAUUAUCAUUGAUGAAUACUCCAUGCUUGGUCAAGUUACAUUUGGCUGGGUAGAUAAACGUUGCAAACAGGCAACAGGAUGUUACAACAAGGUGCUUGGAGGAAAAUCCUUGAUUUUAUUUGGUGACCCAGGCCAGUUACCACCUGUGGCAGACAAGCCCCUUUAUCAUGCUAAACCAUCAAGUGAUGUUGGUGAACAAGGGUAUCAAACAUACAGAAUGUUUGAUAAAGCUGUUAAGCUUACUGUCAAUCAGCGAGUACAAGGUAUGAAUUCUGAACAAGUCCGAUUCAGAGAUUUGUUGUUGCGACUCCGCAAAGGUGAGUCCACAGUCGAUGACUGGAAAUUACUUUUGACUCGUCAACCUUCAGCAAUCACAAAUUUGAGUGAGUUUGAAGAUGCUACCAGACUUUUCUAUAGCAAUGAGCAAGUUGCAAAUUACAACCAUGACCAACUGAGUAAACUUGCACAACCAGUUGCUCAUAUCAAUGCUCGCCAUUCAUCGGCAAUCGCAAAGAAAAUUGCUUCAGAAGAUAUGUCAGGAUUAGAACCUGUGGUGUUUUUAGCAAAAGGUGCUAAAGUGAUGUUAACUAUGAAUUUAUGGUCAAGUGUUGGUCUUUGCAAUGGCGCCACUGGGACAGUCAUUGAUUUUAUCUUCGAAAGCAACCAUCGGCCACCAGACUUACCUGUUGGUGUUAUAGUUCAAUUUGAUAACUACAGAGGUCCUUCAUUUGAUGACACACAACCAUCUUGUGUCCCAAUAUGUCCAAUCACUGUCUCAUCACAGUCAGGAAAUGGUUUCCAUGAAAGACAACAAUUGCCUCUUAGACUUGCUUGGGCUCUAACUAUUCACAAGAGUCAGGGACUCACCCCAUCAAAAGCUUGGAUAGAUAUUGGUAAGUCUGAGAGAACCGCUGGAGUCUCUUACGUUGCAAUCAGUAGAGUAAAAACACUAUCAUCUUGUGUCAUUGAACCAAUGACUUACGAAAGAUUGACAAGCUUAAAAUCUUCCGCGAAUUUGCAGUUCAGGCUUGAAGAGGAAAACAGGCUAGAUCGUUUGGCACAAAGUACACACAGUGCAUUUAGCUCGUCAAACCAUUGUGGUUGAAUAAUUUCAAGAAUUCCAAUGGCGGAACUUAGUUAAGUAUGUAUGUACUGUUAUGUACGUGUAUCACUCAAUGAAAUGUAUUACACAUUUCUUAUUGUAAUAUUAUAUAAGUUAAAGAUAAUGAUAUUAUAAUUAAAUUUGUUUUAUCUCCGUACAUGUAUGAAAUUUGAUGAUUGGCAAGGUGAAGAUUGGUAAGUAUAUUUUUCUGCAAUAAAAUUAUUAGCCUCAUUCAAAGUCCCACUACACUUAUAGGCAUAGGUUUAUGUCAUUCUUUUGGUUGCUAACAAAUCAUUUUUUUUCUUUUUAUAGGUUUUUACGAGGUCCUUAAUACUCUGAAGGGAGACUGUACAUGGAUGUUUGGCACAAAGUCUAGUAUUUGUAACAAACUGUUCGUUCCAAAAGAAAUGGAUUAUUACUUUAAAGAAAUGGAUUUUUAUUUUGCUAUAUUUGCUAUUAACUCGAAGAAUAUUGAUACACCAACUCCAGCACUGAAAUCUUUGGGACUACAACUAUGCUAUUAUUACCUACUACAACAAAUUUAG